CGUCGUCGCCGUGCGGAAAUUCGCCGCGCUAAAAUCAAAAUUCACUCAAGUCCGCCGCGGUAGUUUGUCGCCGCACUUUAGCCGCUCAGGUUCGCACAGCCACGUCACAGCGACGCAGCGUCACAGAUAUCACCGUCACAAUAUCCAUCGACGAGCGCGAGAGAGAGGUCGCACCGCAUGUCCUGUCGCAUGUCCUGCCGCUAAAAUUCGCACGCCACAGCAGCGGUAAAUAAAUCGCAUCGCAACGCGAUAAUAAGUGUUCGAUUGUGCUUACUUCUAAUAUAAUUGCAAAACAAUUACAUUUAACUGCUAUCCAUGUGAACUAAAUAACGUGUUUAAUAACUGAUUUAUCGCUGGACGAGAACAAUAAUAAACAAACGCAAAGAGCUGUACUAACGGGUCCCAUUAAGAUCUAAUAUCAAAUUUCUCCCGCCUUCGCUGGUAGAAGGCUUUGAUCACUUUUCGACCCGGAAGUUACUUAAAAGACGCCAAGCUGUUCGACAACGGCCUGAAGUUGGAUAUUUCCAGCUACCCCCAUAUGAACAUCCGCAUGGGCACAAAGGGCAAACGUCCCUUGCGGAGUUUGACGCCCCGCGACAAGAUCCAUGCCAUCCAGAGGAUCCACGAUGGCGAGUCCAAGGCCUCGGUGGCCAGAGAUAUCGGUGUGCCGGAGUCCACACUGCGCGGCUGGUGCAAAAACGAGGAUAAGCUACGCUUCAUGUCCAGGCAAUCGACCACGGAUAACCUUUGCGCCGACUCCCUGGCCGAUAAGAUGGAUGUCUCUGGAGGAGGUGGAGGAGGUCUUCUGGGUCCGCCAGAGAAACGCCAGCGAUUGGAGGCCGCCCUGCCUCUGAACUUCUCCAACAAACUCAAGUUCGAUGAGCUGGCCUUCAAGCGAUCACCACUGAAUGGCCUGGACUACAGUACAAACAAGAAUCUAGCUGAUCUUGGGUAUAAUGGUCUUCCCGUGGACUAUGCGGCCUUCAAUGGUGGGGUCAAGGCUAAGGUCUUUGGCGCUGAUAUCAAUCGACCCGCCGCCGAUCCCUCCCUGAAUGCCAUUAGUCCGCUUUCGAGUUUAACACACCUAUCAGGUCUCACCGGCAUAUCGCAGUCCCCGCUGGCGAUCAGUUUCAACGAGCUAACCACAAACCUCAACUUGCUGGCCCAGCUGAAUCCGGGUCUGGCGGCCAUGUCGGGUCUAAAUAGCUUCCCAGCGGGUGCUGGUAACCUGAGGAACCCGAAGCCAAAUGCCCAGACUCCCCUGCAGGUGCAGAGUCCCAGAAGUGAUAGUGGAGAUCGGUCAGCUCAGGGGCUAUCGGUGAAGAACUGGGCCAAACAGAAGCCGGGCGAAAGCCAAGGCAGCCUGAAUCUUAGCAUCAAGAACGAGGUCAAAGGAGGCGAUAUCAAGAGUCCGAGUCCAUCGAUUGCUCCAUCGCAAAUGGGUGGGGCCAUGACUCUCUCCAAUCUGGCUGAAGAUCCUUUGCUCUACUGGCUAAAGUCCCAGCAGACAAUGUUGGGAUUGAAUCCUCUGUAUCCGCCUACGAUUCCCAUGGGCGUGACCAGUCCCCCGAUACGCUCUUCCACACCGCAACACAUGAGUCAGCUGGCCCAGACUCCGCCGAUACCCUCGGCUCCGUUGACGCCUUCAUCCACACCAUCGGGAAGUCUGGACGAGAAGAAUGCGGCGUGGUACAACUGGUGCAAGGCCUUUGGGGCCAGUCUGCAUACCCUAAAUCCCAAUGCAGCCACUCUGGCCGCCCUGCAAGCCAACUCACUGCAACAGCAGGUGGCCACAUCGACUGCUGAUGGAGGUUCCAUGAGUGAUCCCUCGAACAUUCUGUACUCCCAUCUCACCAAAGAGACUGAGACGCCAUCGGUGAGAAGUCUAUCCUCCAAUGAACAGAAUCCCGAGGCUGACGAGGCCACUGAACCUGAUCUCGACGGGGAAGCGGAGGCAGAGGCGUCCGGGAAACCAGAGGAUCUUUCAGCUGCCGGCAAAGUAAUGACUCCCUCGCAAAGUCCCAAUGCCAAUUCACGUCCUGGAAGCAGAAGUCCCGAACCCAGAACGAAGAUCAAAAGCACAGAGACCAACUCGAAUCCGACAAGCGAAUGCAAAAAGAUUCUUGACAAUAUGCUGUUUAAGAUUGGCGGCUUAGAGGCCAGUGCUCCUUUGAUACCAGAACAUGGAUCCGAGUCUGAAGGAAGCUUCCAGGACACCAACAAUACGCAUACGAACAACAACGACGUCAGUGCCAGCAAUAAUAACAAUAAUAAUUCCAAUAAAACGGACGAGGAGGAGAAGGGCAAGUAUUUGGACUGCACAGGGGAUGAGGACAUUGAGGCCAUCCGGCAUGGCGAAAAGUUCCUGCAGUGGCUGGAGAACUGCAGCAAUCCCCGAGUGACAGCUGUGCAAUUGAUGCAGCUGAGAUUCCUGAUAGCCGCCAUUAAGUCAGGCAACGAGACGCCCCUGAUCGAGAAGCCCUGCUCGAGAAGUUUGCCGGAGGACAACGAGGAGAACGCCGAGGAAGAGGGCAGCGGCCGGGGCAAGAGUCGUCGUCGCAAAUAGGAAAAGCCAAAGUUGGCGCCCACGGAGCCAGCCACGGAUAUUGAAGAUUACCCAAGCAAUGCACUGCAGGAUGGACCAGAUCUAGAGGUCCCAGAUGCCACCGAGGCGGCAACCAGGUGCCACGUUUAUGCGCCGGCCGUAUAUAGAUCGUCGGCCACCCUACUCAGCUCCCUGUUCUUCCCCCCCUACGAAUUUGUACAUUGUGACCUCGACGAUGACCCGGACGACUGCCAGAUCACGGGCGAAUACCAGCAGUACGACGAACUGAGCUCCAGCAGUUAGACUAGACUAGGCUAGAUUCGAUCCCGAAGGACUCCACUGAAUUUAUCUCCUAGCUGUGAAACCUAUCGAGCAUACUUUCAGUCUCUUUCAAUUCCACUUGUAUUAAUUAAUCAUACGGUUAAAGCGUGUAUAUAUCGAGAAUCUCUAUUUGUAGCUAUUAUGGAUUUCAUUUGACGGAAACGGAAAUGUCGACUUUGUUUUGUGUGUGUGUGUGUUUUACCCAAUGCAUUCUAGAAAAAUGUUAUAGCCUUUAUUUUUUUGUUACGAAAGAACCUUUUCGAACUGCAAGGUGUGUUAGCGCGGAUAACAUGCAUUUGAUAUCAAACGUUUUUAAAUUUCGUAUAUUAAUAAACUAUGGA